ACAGCUAGCUCAACCAGCCCCACCCCAGAAACUGCAACUAGUCCGUCUAGUGCCUCCUCAACCACAGCUAGCUCAACCAGCCCCACCCCAGAAACUGCAACUAGUCCGUCUAGUGCCUCCUCAACCACAGCUAGCUCAACCAGCCCCACCCCAGAAACUGCAACUAGUCCCUCUAGUGCCUCACCAAGCACAGCUAGCUCAACCAGCCCCACCCCAGAAACUGCAACUGUUACCACAACGACCACACCUACUACAGUAUCAGUAACUGCUUCUUCUACAAACACAUCAAGUCCAGUUCCAACUACCACUGUCACAUCUAAAGAAAGUGAAUCCACCCCAAACGCAAACAUAGUAACUACACUUACCACUCCCACCAUUUCCUCUUCAAGUGGUGGCUCAACCACAACUGUUUCUUCUCUAACACCAAGUAACAAUGGAUCAUCCACGAGCACAGUCACGGAAGGUGUUUCCUCAAAGACUAUUUCUUCAGUGACUUUCAACAGCGUCACUUCAUCAGAGAACAGCACCCCAAAACCUGGUACCACAGUUCCCAGCAGUCCUUGCCAGGGGGAUCCCUGUAGCGGUGGUUCUGCGUGUGUUAGUCUGAAUAGCACAUAUUUUUGCCUGUGUUCGGACGGGUAUUACUAUAAGUCUUCCACAUGCAAUAAAGGAAAGAUAUUCCCCGGAACAAUUACAGUAAAAGUAUCAGAAACAUCUGGCUUGGAAGAUGAACAUUCUGUGGCCUAUCAAGAAUUAUAUCAUGAAAUCACUACAUUUUUUGCAAAUGCAUUUAACAACACUGACUACGGACAGACUGUAAUUCUUAAAGUAAGCAUAUCUCCUUCAGCAAGAUCUGAAAUGCGUGCCGGUGACCAGACUGUUAAUGUAGCAGUAGUAAACAUUCUUGUAGAAACUACAAACGCAGAUGAGGAGAGCGUGUCUGAUAUAAUUGAAGAGGCAAUUAGAAAAUACUCAGGUGACAUCACAGGUUAUACCAUGCAAGAUCGGUGUGAUUACUAUGGCUGUAAAAAGACAAAUGAUGACAAUGACUGCAGCGAUGGUUUACUAUGUACAUGCAAAGAUGGGCUGGAAAGACCUAGCCCACAGAUCCCUUUCUGUUCUGCUAGUUCACAGUGUCCUGAUGGCUGCAAUGAAGAGAACAAGAAGCAAUGCUUACUGAUGGAUGACGGGAGCACUGACUGCGUGUGCCUGUCGGGCUACAAGAAAGAUGGUCAGGGCACGUGUCAAAAAUGUGCAUUUGGCUACAGUGGAGUCAACUGUAAAGACUCAUUUCAGCUGAUCCUCACCAUCGUGGGCGUUAUUGCUGCCAUCGUCCUUCUCGGCAUGGUGAUCGCAUGGAUCGUCUCACUGAGAUCAAAGAACAGAAGGCAGAAUAUUGAAGAACAGAACUUGAUUGACAAUGACUAUCAAAAUCUGAGACUGCAGCAGACAACAGGCUUCAGCAAUCCAGGAGCGGACGGGAGCAUCUUCCCGAGAGUCAGGACUAAUGUCUCCAGAGAUGGUCAGCCGCAGAAUCCUUAUGCAAACCGGAGAGAAUGGUAAAAAUCCGGAAACAUCCAUGGCCCUCAACCCAAUGUACGAGCUUUUAUUUUGAGCAUUUAAAAGACUGAUGGAGAAGUGAGCAGCCAUAAAGAUCUGGCCUUUGGUAUUUUUCUUCCAUCCAACAUCUAGCCUCUCUGAGUGGAAGUUGUGGGCAUUUGCUGUGAAUAGAGCUUGUUUGCUUACUGAGUACCUAUGAAAUUGAAUGCACAUAGAUGCUACCAGCACUGGUAAGGUAGUUGAUUUUCUCCAAUCAGUACAAUGGUUAGGUUUUUUUUUCCUGUUGGGGCAGCAAUAACCAUUUCCAACCCAGAGAAAAGCUCCCCAAGAUUGUUCACUCCUGGGAGAAUGUUGCUCUCAAGUUGAUAGCCUACAGAUGAGUGACCUAGUUCUGGGAGACUCUUACCAUCAGCUGUGGAGGUCCUAGAGGAUGGGAAGAGAUACUUUUUUUUUUUUUCUGGCGAGGAAGCUUAGCCCUGAGCUAACAUCUGUUGCCAAUCUUCCUCUUUUUGCUGAGGAAGAUUGGCCCUGGGCUAACAUCUUUGCCCGUCUUCCUCUACUUUAUAUGUGGGAUGCCGCCACAGCAUGGCUUGAUCAGCGGUGUGUAGAUUUGCACCCAGGACCCAAACCUGCGAACCCCAGGCCGCCAGAGCAGAGCACGCGAACUUAAUCACUACAUCACCUGGCCAGCCCCUGAGAUACCAUCUUUUAAGGUUCUCAAAGUUCAUUCUCUGACAAGUUAAACUAGGGCUGCUACUUCUAGCCAUCAAGGUAAGGAUUUCAUUAUCCUCGAACUGCCAGGAGCUUGUGACCUGGCCUCACACCAAAAGGACAGAAAAGAGACAUGUCUCAGCUUUUUUGGCAGGAGUGACUGGGCAUCCAGGACCUGUCUGAUGCCAAUUAGAAGGCCUGGACUAGAAAUGUCCACCAUGGGUGCAUUCUAGAGUUUUUGAAAUGCCAGUAGGUGGGAGAGGCAGGGAGAAAAAAUAUGACCAGAAGUGGGAGGAAGAGAGGCAGAAGGAAGCUGGGCUGGGAGGAUGAGUAAGGGAGAAGGUACCCAGGAUCCACCUGCAUUGUCAGAUGCUCCUCCUCAAGGAGCAAAUGGGCACUGCCUCUAAUUCAUGCCCUAUCCAAGCUCAGAGGCCAGGAAAAGGUGUGAAGACAAAACCCCCAGGAGCAAGAGCUUGAAGUCGCUUUGAAAUUGCAGCCAUUCUGUCUGGCUGAUGGUGAGAGAGGCGGCUUGUGCUCUGGAUCCAGAUGUCCAGCCCUGUGAUGCAGAUUCCAGCAGGACUUCCUCGAGGCCGCAGCCGUGGCUGGUGACACACACAGCCAAGAAUGGGGACAGCCACAUCCAGCACAGCCUUUCUUUACUGUGAAGAGUGUCCUUGUUUAUGUCUCAUGUCUGGUCCCCUUGCAAGUUAUUUUUAUUUGUUGUUGUUAUUAUUUGUUCUUGACUUGUUAACUGUGAAAGGUAACAAAUAAAGUAUCUUUGGUA